AUGGCCGCCCUGGACUCGCUCGUGCUUCAAAGCGCGUCCGAUGCCGCCGCGCAAGCAGCCCUUCUAAAGGCGUUGCUUGCCUGCCUCCAGACGGGAGAAGGAGCAGGGGAGGAGGACCAACAUGUGGCCAUCCACGCGACAAACCUGUCCGGCGAGUGGAUGCGGAGGCUGGUCGAGGCUGGCUGGUUAUACCCGGAAUUGCUGGAGGCGCUGUUGCACAACGCGCUCAAGCCCCGCGUGGAGCGAUUAGUGACUCUGUGCUGUGACGAGAUCAUGACCAACGCGAGUUUGAAUGCGCCCCACAGCACGCAGAAGCUGCCGGCGGAUCUUCAAGAGCUCCUCCACGACGUGACACAAGGCGCGGAGAGGCGAGAGGACCUAAGUCCUUUGGUCGAAAUCAGCCGAGGCUGGUUCGGCAUCAUCGUUAGUAGCGUGGCUGUUGACUCACUGCAAGGCCUGGUUGAGCCGGCCCUACAAAAGCGCCUCCAUCCCCCCGCCCCCGAAAACGAAGCCUUUGACUGGCCUGUCUGCCAUUGCUGCCCCGAAUGGAUGCUGGAGCCGCGCAAGGACGGCGUGCCGGCAGCGGAGACGCUCGUGCCGACGCUCAUCUAUACGUUAGGCCACGACGAGCACAUGCUGGCCCUGAUGGGUGGCCUGGUCGAUGUCAUGUUCCAGACCACCACCUCCCGCCACGCCCACGAGCGUGCCAUGUCUGCUCGCCUGGAGGCCCAGCUGCGCCACACAUCACAGGCGUCGACCAUGACCCAAGGGAACAAGCCAACGGUGGCGGUCAGGGUCAUCACCACCUGCAGUCGCUGGCUCGCGCGCGUGGCAUGCAGCCAUGCCUCUGAACCGAGCGACGUUGACGCUCUGCUGUUGAGCCGUGUGUUCGGAGUGAUAUGCGACUGGGCCAGGCUGACGGAGAGCGACGAACUGGACCGAUCACUCGGGCUGCUGGUGGCCACGAUGGGCCAGGUGGUCGAGCGGCUUCAGGCGGCGGUCGCCGGGGCGAGCCAUAUGGGCGCAGGGCUGCGUUGCGUGGAGCACCUGUCCAUCGCCCUAUGUGACGUGGUGCAUCGCCACAACGAGGAGGGCUCCUUUCAGGACCUGGCGCCGGUCAGGCGUGCCGUGUGCGCUUGCGACGAGCUGUGGGCGCUCGGGCGCAUCCAGCCCGAACACGGGAUGUUCGAGUUCCUGGGCCUUUUGGAGCACAGCCUGCGGUUCGGGCUGGUGCCCGAAGUGGCCGCGGUGGCGGUCAGGUGGCUGGACUACGUCAUCCGCGGCCCGAGUGGCCUGGACAAGACCAGUUCGGCCCACCUCCUGCUGCGUUCGCUGAUUGAGGAGUGCAGCGCGGACGUGUUGCGGCCCCGGCUGCCCCUUCUCAUGGAGUCCAUCAUCGAGCUGUUGGAGCGCACUGCGCAAGUCCCCCUCACCAACAAUUACCACUUGGUCAGUCUGUUCGGCACCAUCGACCUACUGGCCCAGUCGCCUCUCGGCGGAGAGAACCUGCAGCCGUGGGUGGGCCGCUUGAGCCGCCUGCUGGUGGACCACGUGCAGCGCGGCCAGGCGACGCCCAACACCGACAAGGACUGCGUGCAGGCCCUGUGGUGCUGCGUGCAGCUGGCGGCGGGGUCGAUCGACUGCGCCGGCGAAGUCGAUCGGCGCGUAGUGCGGCUGCUGGCCCACGCCGACUGGGCCGUGGUGCACGCCGGCCGUGAAAACGACUAUCAUCGCUUCGAGCUGUCGGCCCAAGGGGUGGCCAACCUGCUCACGGCGUGCUUCUCUGGCGUCGACGACCACGACAAGGUGGUGGGCGUGUGUCGGGUGGACGAGGCCGAGAAGCUGCUGCGCGCCUUUGACGCCUGGCUUGCGCGGCUCCGAGGGGGUGGGGCCACCAAGCCGACCCUUUCCGCCUACCGGGCCGCGCUCCGAGCCCGCGGCCUGGUCGCGAACUACGUCGCGCGAUGGACCCAUCUGUAA